AUGGCCGGGAGCGUUCAAACCAUUCCGGAUUCUGUCUACCAUGUCAUGCUCCUUAUCUCCCAGGCAAAAGCUCCAGUCGGACAGACCGAGAAGAUACGCAUCUUAGGCACCUACACGUCUAUUGCGAAAGCCAAGGAAGCUGCACAUUGCAGCCUCUACAAUGGUGGCUACGAGCGGGAAUGGUUCUCAACUUUCGAGACAAGUGCGGACGCCUUGGAACCACUCGCCACAUCAGAGGGAACCGGACUCGCAGUUUACGCCGUUGCGACAGACGGCACAAAGUUUCGAUUGAGAAUCUCCACAUCUCCAAACACCCUCCAACUGAAAAGUGAUGAAGAAGAUGGGCGAGUUAACAUUCCUCUUUAUUAUGUCGUGCAGACAAGCGUUCCAUAUUGCAGCCACAGGCGGGAACCGACCCACGACACCCAUAUUGAGGGUGUUUUCAAGUCUUACGAUGAAGCCAGGGCAUGUGCGAGUACCGCGCUCCUUUCGGAAGAGGAUGGAAUCACGACCUCAAGCUAUCAGGACUAUUGUGAGGCUGGUGAGAAUGAACGAGAUUGCGAGUUUGGUGAGAAUGUCAUCGUGCACGCGACGGGUAACAACGAGGACAAUUAUUUCGUUAGUGUUGUGAUGGGCCAGGUGUUAGAGAGUGUACGACUUGGUGAAGCGUCUCUUCGAAUCUAG